UGUUGGGCGGUUCCCUGAGCGCGGGGCCUGCCCUUUCGCGGAAGAUGGCGGCGCCCAGUGAGGAGUCCUACCGUGCGGACUUCAGCUCCAGGCCUGUGGAGGAGGCGCUGGCGGCGCUGGAAGCUGACGACGAGCCGGGCAGGCGGCUGGAGCGGCUGCGGGAGAUCAUGUUGCUGCUCCGCGAACAGCAGCACCGAGAAACCACGUCCGAGCGCAUCUUCCAGGGCAUCCAGCAGAUCCUGAUGGAGUCCUCCCGCGAGGUGGAGCUGGCCUGCCAGGAUGCCAGCCACCGGGGGCACCUGGAGCCCCAGCUGCAGCUCAUCGCUGAGUGCUUCCGCUGCCUGAGGAAUGCCUGCGUGCAGUGCCCCAGGAACCAGGGCAUGAUCAAGCACUUGAAUUUAAUCGGUACCACGGUGGAGCUGAUUGAUUUGUUGCAGAAGCUGGAUGCGAAGCAGGACUCCCACUUGACAGCUUUUCGCUGUGGCCUGCAGUUCCUGGGAAACAUUGCAGCCGGGAAUGAGGCUUCGCAGCAGGUCGUGUGGAGGGACGCCUUCCCGGAUCUCUUCUUGUACUGCCUCCGCCAUCCGGACGAGAAGGUUGUCGCCUAUGCCUCCAUGAUCCUGUUCACAUGCCUGAGCGCCGAGCGGCUGAAGGACCUGCACACCCAGAACCUGAGCGUAGCUCUGAGAGUUGUGGAGGCCCACCAGAAGCAGCCAGAGUGCGAGUGGGCGUUCCUGAUCAUUUCAGACUAUCUGCUGAAAAGCCCAGAGCUGGUGAAAUCCAUGUAUGCCAAGCUGAGCAAUCCAGAAAGGGUUACGUUGCUCGAUCUCAUGGUAGCCAAGCUCGUGGGGGAUGAGCCGCUGACCAGAGAGGACCUGGCUGCCUUUCUAAGGCACGCUGAAUGGGUUGCAAGCGGCUUCCAAGACAAAUGCAAGUCUGUGCUGAAGCUUGCCUCAAUUGGGCAUGAUGAUGAUGAGGAAGCCCUGGCCACAAUUAGGCUUCUCCAUGUCCUUUGUGAAAUGACCGCCAACUGUGAACUACUGGGCUCCUUACAAGCCUUCCCUGGGCUCCUCGAGACAGUAGUUGAGAUCUUGCAGCUGGCUCACCUGGCCGGGAAGCAGAGCCCAAAUGUCUUCACGGCUGCGUCUUGUAUGCGAGGCGAUGGGGAUGUCUCCAACCCUGCUGUGGGCUUCAAGUCCCAGCUCGUGCGCUUGAUUGGGAACCUUUGCUACAAGAAUGGGAAAAACCAAGACAAGGUGUACGAAUUGGAUGGCAUUCCCCUGAUUCUGGACAACUGCAGCAUGGAUGACAACAAUCCCUUUCUGAGUCAGUGGGCAGUGUAUGCCAUACGAAACCUGACUGAACACAAUAAAAGAAACCAAGGGCUAAUUGCAAAGAUGGAGGACCAUGGACUGGCAGACACAGCUGUGCUUAAGAAAAUGGGUCUUGAGGUUGAAAAACGAGAUGGCAGACUUACUUUGAGAUCCACCAGAAAAGGUCCUAGUUGCUAAUGACAGUAAAGAAGCAAAUCCGUAAAAAGCUCCAGGUCUCCAGAAAACCCUCCGAGGACCUUGGGUUCCAAGCUUUAUGUGAUGGUGUUCCUAUGACUGUUUACAAUUUGCUGCACACCCCCAGCCCCUUCAGCAAACCAUCUGCAUAACAGUGCACUCACCUCGAAUCUAUUCAGACAAAGCAUGGUUACGGUUUCGUAACAAUACGGAUAAAUAAAUCUUAAGCGUACCACAGAACAGACAUUUCCUCAUUUUAAAAACCCCUCAUAAUUUUUAUAUUUUAAAAUUACACAAGUAAUAACCCUGUGUGGUGGGACGUGAUGAACAGGGUGGGUUUUUGGGUGCAGUUUCUCAAAACUGGUGCCUCUGAAGAAACAGCGAUUGUCAUCUUUCUCAACCACUAAUGAGAUUUUGUCUUUAGAACCACUUUCACCCAAAGAUGUUAUGAAGAGUGAGAUUUGUGUGCGACCUUUUUUUUUUUAACAAACCAGAGAAUUUUUUAUUCACUUGUAACAAAAUAAGCAAACAAAUAAAUAAACAAUUCCAGGUUCAAGCACA